ACGCCAGCUUGAAAAAAGGAUAAAAUGGCAGAAAAUAAGUAGCAUUAAUAAAGAUGAGAGCAGCAAGGUGGGAAGAGAAGAAGAAGAAGAAGAAGAAGAAGAAGAAGAAGAAGAAGAAGAAGAAGAAGUCAGAGACAAUGACAAAGCUAUCCGUGGGGAACCCUACAUUGGCUGCAACGAAA